AUGCAACUUUUCAAUUUAUCAGCAACAUUAAAUUUCAGUAAGAUACUAUAUAAUCCAAGUCUUGUACUUCCAACAGUCACAAUUUCAAGUUUUGAUCAAUUGAAAUUACCAAUUAACGGGAUAAAAGGAAUAGUUUUAGAUAAAGAUAAUUGUAUAUCAAAAGAUCAUGAUGAUAAAAUAUGGCCCUCAUAUUCUGCAAAAUGGUCUCAAUUAACCUCAUUAUAUCCAAAAGAAAACCUACUCAUUGUUUCAAACUCAGCAGGUACGAAUGAUGAUUUAAAUCAUAAACAAGCCAAAACAUUGGAAAAAAAUACUGGUGUAUCUGUUUUAAUUCAUUCUACUAAAAAACCUGGUUGUUAUAAUGAAAUUUUAACUUAUUUCGAGAAAUUGGGUGUUAAAAAUAAUGAAAUUUUAGUUAUUGGUGAUAGAUUAUUUACUGAUAUUUUGAUGGCCAAUUUAAUGGGGAGUUAUAGCUGUUGGAUAAAUGAAGGUAUUGAAAUUAGUGAAAAAGUUUUACCAAAAAUAGAAAGGGAUAUGUAUGGAAGAUUGAAAAACUGGGGUUAUAAAUCUCCAAUGGAAAAUCAAGAUUUGGAAUAG